CGUUGAAGCAACUCGGACGGGCCAAGGGAUGAAGCCGGUAAAGCUGUUUUGGCUUGGGAUGGGUAUCGCGAUUGAAAUGAUGAAGAUUGAGAAGCUCUACACUCCACCUGUGGUGAGAUUUCAGUCUUCUCGUCUCGACGGAACGGAUUGAUAAGGCAUUCGUUGUUCAUGAGUAGUUAUACUCUUGAGGAGCUAGAAGACGAUGAGGAUGGAGACGUCGGAGAAGCAUUCAUCAUGAAAAUGCUGGUUUAAACCACCUCGAAAUGUCCACCCGACUCAAUGCUUCGAACCGUACAAUGUGUGCCGACUUGCCAUGACUUUUUACUCCGCAAUCACGGCCUAAAACCGGACCGGUGAUCGCUCCAGAACCUCACAAACCCCGACUAACGGUUGCCGCUGGAGCGCUGAUGAUCUUAUCUGAUCCGAGUCAUCUCCGCAUCGAGACCCUUAUUUUCACUACAUUCACGCGUAGCAACCCUGCAGGGCUUCACAAUACAACUUCGAGACAUUAACUGGUCAGACCACAACUAAAUCUACAAUUCCUCAACUCACACCAACCCAGAGGUCAUCAUUACAAAAACCAACAAAGAUGGCCAAAACAACCCUCUUCAUCAACGGCCGCAUCUUCCUCUCGCCCCUCCGCCCCGGCCAAAACGCCGGCCUCCACACGCCCCCCUCCUUCGCCUCCUGCCUUCUCAUCCGCAACGACACCAUCCUCCACGUCGGCUCCCCCCAAGAUGAACCCAUCACCACUGCCCUUCUCUCCUCAUCCUCCGAGGGGAAAGAAGAAGUAGUAGAAACCAUCGACCUAGCCGGCCACUCCCUCCUCCCCGGUUUCAUCGACGGCCACAUGCACCUGAUGAUCAUGGGCCAAUCCCUCACCAAACUCGACCUGGGUCCCUGCAAAUCGCUGUCCGACAUCCGAUCCACCAUCCGCUCCUACGCCGCCUCCCACCCCGACGUCCCCAGGAUCUUGUGUCGCGGGUGGAUGCACUCCAUGACUCCCGACGGCGUGACAGCCAAAGACCUGGACGGGCUUGACAUGGACGGCAAAGACCGACCGAUACUGGUGGACACCAAGGAUCUACACUCGGCUUGGUGCAACACGGCCGGCAUCCGCGACUUGGGCGCCCAAGAAUGGACGGAUGUUCCCGGCGGGACGAUUGAGCGGGAUGCCGACGGCAAAGUGACGGGCGUGUUCAACGAGGCGGCCAACAUCACCUAUGUAUGGCCGUACCUGGCGCGGGUGGCGACGGUGGAGGAGAGGAUGGCUGCUAUACAGGCUGCGGUGGAAGCGUACCAUUCCGUGGGGUACACGGGGGCGAUCGAUAUGGCCAUGGACGAAGGGGCGUGGGACGCGUUGCAGGAACUAAGAAGACGGUCGUCGCCUUCGGAGGAGGGAAACGGCGGCAAGGAGGGCAUUCCGUUGAGGAUUGCGGCGUAUUGGUUGGUGAAGCCGGGAAAGAAUGACGAGGAAAAUGUGAGGCAGGUGGAGAGGGCGGUUGAGCUUGCAAGGCAAUUCAACAGCGAGACGACGCCGGAUUGCAGGAUUGUCGGAGUGAAAAUCAUUUGUGAUGGCAUCAUCGAUGGAUGCACGGCUGGCCUCUCGGAACCCUACGAGCAUAAUGGGCACAGGGAGGUGCCGCUUUGGACGGCGGAGCAGCUGGAGCCCGUGGUCAAGAGGGCGGAUGAGGCGGGAUUACAAGUGGCGUUGCAUGCGAUUGGGGAUGAGACCAUCAAGACGGUUCUGGACGUGUUGAUUGCGCACGCGAGCCCGGAGAGGAGGCCGCGCGUGGAGCACUUGGAGCUGUCGAGCGAGAGGGAUGCCGAAAGGCUGGGCAAGGCGGGCAUCACGGCGUCGAUUCAGCCGGUGCAUGCGGACCCGGCGAUCCUGAGGGCUUGGCCCAAGUUGUUGGGAGCGCACAGGUGUGGAAGGGCUUUUGCGUAUCGCGAAUUUGCGGAUCAUGGGGCGCCGUUGGCGUUGGGAAGCGAUGCGCCCACGGCACCGCAUGCUCCGCUGCCUAAUGUGUACGUUGGAGCGACGAGGAGAUCGUAUCGGGAGCCCGACUACCAGACCACGGUCAACCCGCACUUUGCUCUAGGCGUGUGCGAGGCGAUCGCUGCGGCGUCCCAGGGCGUGGCGUAUAGCUGCCGUGAUGAAAACAGGAUAGGAAGACUGGAGAAGGGGAUGAAGGCUGACUUCACCAUUGUGGACAUGGAUUGGGAGAAGGAGAAGCUGAAGGAGGCAAAGGUUUUGGAGACAUGGUUCGAUGGCAGGAAGGUGUGGUCGGCAAAGAACUGAUGAAGAACGACUUGUGGAUAUCGUCCUCAAUUGUUUUUGGAUAUCAACAUAGCAAACGCAGCAAGCCGAGUAUUCUAUUCAUAAGGCCAGUAUCGCCUAGGCCAAAUGUUCAUCGCGGUCUUGAGCCCAUCCCCCGGUGGAAGUCCGGCAUGGUUUGUCCGUUCAUCACCAGUCCCGUUGGCAUGAAGGUUAACCCAAAAGAUAGCAUUGCCAGCAACCGGUCUGAACGCCAACCCUCCAUCCUCAUGCUCCCGCCAAAGAGGCUUUAAAUCAGUCACGUUCUUCAGCUUUUGGUCCUCUAAUCCGCCACGCCACAUGGGUUCUUUCCACGGACUCGACAAUAUGAUUGGCUUCGCAUGAGGGAAGUGUGUCUCGCCUUUGGUGCAGUUGUCCUGGAGUAUGGCAAAGAAACUGGCAACGCGAUUCCACACCCUGUUGCUGCCGUCGUUGGCUAAGAGCGGCCUGUCAAACCAGUCAUGAUGGACAUUGAACCUCUGACCGGCCCGAUACCGAACCAACUGCGGCGGACCCAUCUCGUCCCAGCCAUCCCUCAACAUUGUACCCAUAAAGCCUCGUGCCCGGUCCAGGACGCACUUGACAGCGGGAUCGUCGCGUGGUAGUCCAGCUGAGCUCGACGUGCGGUCUUGCGUUUGUUGUUGACGGCCAUGUUUGGUUACCACCGAUGGUUUGAACAUGGGUUCGGCUGUGUAGAGGAGUGAGGAGAUCUCGGAGGGUGUUAUGAGGUUGUGGAUGUAAAUAAUCAAAGGGUCCAGAGAGACGAGCUCAAUCUUGUAUGAACAGGAUACAUCGCAGAAGAAGGGCUGUCGGGGUUUUUCUGUACAAGUUGCUGUAUUCCGGAAAAGUUUCAGGGGUUUUGCGAGAGGGUGGUCAGGUACUGGAAGGCCGCUGAUGAUGAAGGUGAGUGAUGAGAUCUGGGAAAAAGUCUCGGACAGGUAUGGUGCACUCAAGGCAACCAAGACUGUCCAAGCCACGACUAAACCAGCAGCUUUCGUCAAACCUAAGCCAGACAUGCUGAAUUAUGCUUUUUCGCGUAAGGAGCUAGCUUGUCAAUCAGGGAGUGAAAGAAGGAUGAAGGGGCCAGAAAGAUUGAUAUUGAUGGAUUCAACCACCAAAUCAACCCCGGUCUAUUCGUCAGUGAGGGACACAAUCGCUUUUAUUCUCUGCGCAUAGUCCUGUGUUCCUCCUCCCGUCAUGAAUGAUAGCGGAAUUGGAUCCAGACCUCACUGGCCCGGAAGACGUUGCCGAGAAUCUAAACUCGGGGAGAGAUCUUAAAGAGCACCGAGAUGGUGG